AUGCCUACGGACAGCCUCCGCCCUCGCCCGGCCCGCGCGCCCCUACCCUCGCGCGCCAUCUCGACCUUCUCCGCCCGCUUCAACGCCGCCGCCGAAGCUGCCAGCCCUAAACUCUCCACCCCGACGACCGAUCCGGGCGAGGACGCCGCCGCCAAGGCUCCCGCUGCCGAGCCCAAGUCUUCGUGCGCGCCCGGCACCGUGCUCAACGGCCUGAAUUUCCUCAAGGGCAAGCAGGACCCCGUGGCCCUCGCGGACGAGCAAUACCCCGAGUGGCUGUGGAAGUGUCUCGAGUACCCUGAAAAGCUCCAGUCCGCCGAUGCUGGCGCGGCUGAUGAAUUUUCGAAAUCCAAGAAGCAGCGCCGAAUCGCCGCCAAGAAGCAGCGUGUGCUCGAGGCCAAGAUCCUCGCCUCCGGAGACGUCGAGGCGCUCGCUCCCAAGAUUCCCCUCCAACACCAGACCGUCAACCUGCCCGACGGAGGAGACGGCUCCGUCUCAGCCGUCUUGGAGACUGCCGCCCGCCGCGAACAGCUGAAGAAGGCCAUGAGGAUGGAGCGCAAGGCCCAGAUCAAGGAAGCCAACUACCUCAAGUCCAUGUAA